AUGUCUGAAUUGGAUAUGAAAUAUGAUGACGGGAAGAGUCUUAAUCGUUAUAAUGAUGAAGAUAAUGAUAAGAAAUCUUUAACAUUCCUUAAACGUACAAAGUUGAACUUCUUUAGAGUACAUAAUUUUUUUCAUUCAGAGAUUGGGAAAUCCAAGAAAACUUUGCUAAUCCUAUUCAUUGUUGUGUUUCUUUUCUUUUGGAUUACAGAUUCUGCUAUACCAGACACUUUUAUAGACCAAAGGAAUCAGGACUCUACAAGUGAAUCAAUAGGAAAGCCUAUGAAUUCUAAAUGGUUUUCAAGAUCAAAGGAUCCACGAUUCGUCAUUAUCUUAGCUGCUAAUGAAGGUGGUGGUGUUUUAAGAUGGAAAAACGAACAAGAAUGGGCCAUUGAACAUAUUUCUAUAGCGAACAAGAAGGCAUAUGCGAAGAGACACGGUUAUGGUUUAACUAUUAAAGAUUUAGCUACUACCAAGAGAUAUUCACAUGAGUUUAGAGAAGGUUGGCAAAAAGCUGAUAUCUUGAAACAAACAAUGAGAGAAUUUCCAGAUACCGAAUGGUUCUGGUGGCUAGAUUUGGACACUUUAAUUAUGGAACCUGAAAAAUCCUUAGAGGAUCACAUUUUCAAUAGAAUUGAUGAGAUUACAGAUCGUACAUUAAAGAACUUCAAUCCAUUGAACCUAGAACUUGAUCAACCAUAUACAGAUUAUUCAGAAGAGAUGGACCUUUUAAUUACACAGGAUUGUGGUGGUUUCAAUUUAGGCUCAUUCUUCAUCAAAAAUAGUGAUUGGUCUAGAUUGUUCCUAGAUAUGUGGUGGGAUCCAAUCACAUACGAACAAAAACAUAUGGUAUGGGAACACAGAGAACAGGAUGCUUUAGAGUCCCUAUAUGCCAAUGAAGCGUGGAUCCGUUCCAAGAUUGGCUUCCUUCCAUUAAGAUCAAUCAACGCAUUCCCACCGGGUGCAUGUUCUGAUUCCAGUGAUGAUCCUAGAUAUUUUUACGACGAAAAAGAUCAUGAUUUUGUGGUUAAUAUGGCUGGUUGUAAUUUUGGUAGAGAUUGUUGGGGUGAAAUUCAAUAUUAUGCUAAUUUGAUGAGAAAACUAAAUACCAAAUGGUACACAAGAUUAUUUUUUUAA